AUGUCCGAGGAUAAGUAUAGGGAAGAGGAGGAUAAGACCCAGCUCCUUAUCCGUACGGCUCAUUGUGAAAUGCCGAAUUUGGCCAAGAUUGUGAACUGUUUAAUUACCGAUGGGGCGGACGCCCUACCUGAGAAAUGUCAUAUGCUGCCGGGAAUACCGGUGGAACCGAUGCUGGCCAACCCAACCAAGGGAGUCUCUGAGAUCCUCACUCGUUUCGAGGAUUUGGAGUUCACAAGUGAAUAUAAGUACGAUGGAGAGAGGGCACAGGUGCAUCUGAUGGAUAAUGGCACCAUGAGAAUAUACAGUCGGAAUCUCGAGAACAACACGUCCAAGUACCCGGAUGUGAUUGACAAGAUUAGACAGUGUUUUUCGCCAGAGGUGAAGAAUUUUAUAAUCGACGCAGAAGCCGUUGCUUAUGAUAUCGAGGCAAAGAGAAUCCUGCCGUUCCAAGUCCUAUCUACACGGAAACGAAAGAACGUUGAGAAUGGAGAUGAGGUCAAAGUGCAAGUGCAGCUGUUUGCCUUCGAUUUGCUUUAUCUGAACGAUAAGCCCUACGUCACGAAACCCUUCCAUACUCGCAGGGCAGCAUUGCACAAGCACUUUACUCCCCAAGAAGGCUCGUUGGCGUUUGCGACGUCUAUGGACGCUAACAGUGUGGAUGAAAUCCAGGCCUUCCUCGACAAAUCCAUCGAGGAUUCCUGUGAGGGUUUGAUGAUCAAAACCCUGUACCAAGAUGCAACUUACGAGAUUGCGAAUCGGUCCAAAAAGUGGCUCAAAUUGAAGAAGGACUAUAUUGAAGAUGGGGGUCUUGGUGAUUCCUUUGAUCUGGUGGUGAUUGGGGCGUGGUAUGGCCAAGGCAAGCGUACGGGAUGGUAUGCCGCAUAUCUUCUGGCGUGCUAUAACGAGGAUGAAGAAGAGUACCAGGCUAUCUGCAAGGUGGGUACUGGGAUGACCAAUGAAUUCCUCAAGGACAGCAACGAGUUCUUUGCAAAGCAUCUCUCUGAAUCGGGGAAGAAGGCGUACUAUCGCACUACUGAGUCCUCCAAACCAGACGUCUGGUUCGAACCCGUACAGGUAUGGGAAAUCAAGGCAGCGGAUCUGUCCAUCUCACCAGCUUAUUUGGCCGGUGUGGGUGAGGUUCAUCCCACCAAAGGCAUCUCUCUGCGCUUUCCUCGAGUGCUGCGAAUUAGAGAUGACAAGAAACCCGACGAGGCCACCAGUUCUAGCAGAAUCGCAGAGAUGUACUCUGCGCAACCACUGGUACAACAGAACGGGCCGCCUCGAAGGUGAUCAAAGAGGUGAAGAUA